UUUUAUUUUUGUAAAUAUGAUUUCGAAGAUGCUGCAUGAUCAUGUCCAUGGUAACAGGUAACAGACUAAGUAUACACUUGGCCACUAUGUUCAUCUGAGGGGAAAAUUAUCCAGAUUACAGGGAACAAAAAAAUGUGGGACUUUAUCCACAUCCAUGUAUCUGUAAGAAUCGGUAAAUCGCCUAUAGUCUGUUGUUGACAUGAUUCAUAGAACUACACUUGUAAGGGGUCCGUCAACUCAUUCCUGCUUCUUUCGCCUUGCCUUUCAAGUUGAAUGCAAAUACAUUCCAUACUUGUUUUCACUAAUUGUGUAAAAGUUGAACGUCUGCACCCUAGGCGAGAGUUCGAUCGAUGCCCCCUACCCGAGGGUGUUUAAGGUACAUGACAAACACAGCCAACCCAACCCAACCCAUUAUUUGUCCAACACUAUUUAUCCAGUUGCAAUGGCAGAAAUUAAACUCUGGAAAACCCUGCAGGGAUUUGCUCCCGUUCUUUCUCAAGAUUGCAGUUUACGAUUCAAUUCAUCCCACAGGUGCUGGUUGAGAGUUACACUGCCGCGGCAGAAAGUGGCUCAAAGUCCAACAGGCGCGCACAGCGCCGUCCGGCGCCUCCGUUGGCCGCGGAGCCCUUUUCCCUCCGGAGCAGCUUCCACGUUUCGCCCGGGAACCCUCAACAUGUUUGCCUACUUCCUAUUCACCCUUUUGACGUGCGUGGCAAUCUGGCCGCUGCUGCUCUACGCGAGGAACCCCUACUUUCUGGCGGAUCUGAGCCACGCGAUCACUCUGCUGCGCGUCGGAGUGCGCACGGCCAGAUUGCGGAGGCGCAGGCCGUUCCGCAGCAUCGUGGACGCGUUCCUGGACCGAGUGGCCACGCAGCCGCAGAAGACGUUCCUCGUGUUCGAGGAGAGCUCGUUCACCUACAGCCAGGCCGACAGCGAGAGCACCAAGGUGGCCAGAGCCCUGCAGCAGCGCGCCCGCCUGAAGGAGGGGGACACGGUGGCCCUGCUCGUGGCCAACGAGCCGCAGUUCGUCUGGACCUGGCUGGCGCUGGCCAAGCUGGGAUGCACCGCCUCGCUGCUGAACACCAACAUCCGAGCCAAGUCUCUGCUGCACUGCUUCUCCUGCUGUGGAGCCGAGGUCCUGGUCGCCGGGGCUGACCUACGAGGGGCUGUAGAGGAGGUGCUGCCCACCUUAAGCCAGCAGGGCGUGCGCGUGUUCAUCCUCGGCGAGGGGAGUGACCUGGAAGGCGCCGAGAACCUCUCUGAUAAAAUCCGGCAGGCCUCCGACCAGCCUCUGUCCCGUCAGCUAAGGGCCGGCAUUAACGCCACCAGUCCUGCGCUGUACAUCUAUACCUCAGGAACCACAGGGCUUCCCAAGGCUGCGGUUAUCAACCACGAGAGACUAUGGAUGACUGCCUUUCUUCAGACGAUUGCCGGCGUACGCUCAGACGAUGUUAUCUACAUAUACCUGCCGCUCUACCACAGUGCAGGCUUUCUGAUGGGACUUUGUGGAGCCAUAGAUAAAGGCAUCACGGUCGUUCUGAGACGUAAAUUCUCUGCCUCUCAGUUCUGGAAUGACUGUAGAAAGUACAACGUGACUGUCAUUCAGUACAUUGGAGAAAUUAUGCGCUACCUCUGCAACACACCAAAGAGAGACAAUGACCGAGAACAUAAAGUCCGAUUGGCGAUCGGGAACGGGCUGAGGGCCGACACCUGGGCGGACUUCCUGCAGCGAUUUGGGGACAUAAGUGUGAUUGAAUGCUACGGAGCGACAGAGGGAAAUGCGGGCGUCAUCAACUACUGUGGGAAAAUUGGAGCUGUAGGCAAAGAUAACUUUCUCCAUAGGAUGUCAUGUCGGUAUAAACUCAUAAGGUACGAUACAGAGAAAGAGGAGCCAGUCAGAGACUCCAGAGGAUUUUGUAUCGAAGUCCCCCAAGGGGAGACCGGUUUAUUCGUGGCAAAGAUUGGAGAAAGAACACCUUUCUACGGCUAUGCUAAAAACCGGCAGCAGACGGAGAAGAAGAAGCUGAGGGACGUGUUUGAGAAGGGAGAUGUCUACUUUAACAGUGGCGACCUUCUGAAGAGCGACAAUGAAGGAUUUCUGUUCUUUCAGGACCGCAUCGGAGACACUUUCAGGUGGAAAGGAGAAAAUGUGGCAACCUCAGAGGUGGCAGAUAAUUUGCUCGUGGUGGACUGUAUUGAGGAGGCUAAUGUCUACGGUGUGAAGGUGCCAGGACACGAGGGAAGAACUGGAAUGGCUGCACUAAAGCUGAAGGAAAACAUGGACUUUGACGCCAAAGCCACAUAUCAGCACGUCAAAAACUACCUCCCCAGCUACGCAAGACCCCGCUUCAUUCGUAUACAGGAUGCACUGGCAGUGACUGGGACAUUUAAGCAAUUGAAGGGGAAGCUGGCUGAGGAGGGCUUCAACCCAGCUGUCAUCACAGAUGCUUUGUUCUUCCUGGAGGACAAUGAAGGCUACGUGCCCAUGACGCCGGAGAUCUAUACCUCCAUCACAGAGGGAAGAAACAGGCUCUGAAUGAACGAUAAAUGGACUGUAUUCAUAAAGCGCUUUUGUAGUCUAAUUGACCGCGCAAAGAGCUUUACGCUACACGUCACAUACACCCAUCCAUACAGCGCUUCUAUGCGCAGCGCUUUUCCGAUCAUACUCUAUUCAUACACUGUCUGUACAGCCGUCAGUCGCCAAAUGAGUGCAGUGUUUGUAAUUGGAUGAUAAUUGCCUACCUCAAAGGUUGUAGUUGAUUUUUAGGGUUUUACCUCAUACAAGAUGCCAAAUAAUGAUGAUAAAUGACCCGCACGUUGCCUGUUUAUGAGUGUGUGAAUGACUGCGUCUUCUGCAACGAAUAUUGUGAAAUGUGAA